AUGGAGGAGAAUGAGUCGUUUGAUGAGUUCUAUACCAAGCUCAAGAACAUAGUAGAAUUAGAUGGUUGCCACUUGAAGGGCAAGUUUGGUGGACAUAUAUUAUCAGCAACUGCAAAGGAUGGGAAUGAGAAUAUUUUCCCUGUUGCAUUAGGUAUAGUUGAGCAAGAAAACAAGGAUUCUUGGGUGUGGUUUUUACAAACAUUUGCAGAUGAUAUUAGGAGGCUUGAUGAGUUGAAUUUGGUGUUCAUUUCAGAUAGGGGUUUAGAAUUAAAGGCUACAUUAUGGAGGUGUGUUGCAGCAACAACAAUUAAAGAGUUUGAGAAGAGAAUGCAAGAUAUGAAGGACUUGGACAAAAAAGCAUGGGACUAUCUAGCAGACAUCCAACCAACCCAAUGGACCAAGUCACAUUUCACUUCAAGGGCCAUCUCUGAUUGUUAUGUGAACAAUCUUAGUGAGUCAUUUAAUUCUAUAAUACUAGAAGCUAGGGAUAAGCCUAUCAUUGUCAUGCUAGAAUGGAUUAGGAUUAAGUUGAUGACAUGUUGCUUUAUAUAUGAGGUUGAUAAUGAGUAUAAGAGAAAUGUGGUUAACCUUACAAAAAAGUGUUCAAUCUAUAAGAAUUUGGAGAGGCUUGAGGAUUAUGUGCAUGUAUGCUAUAUAAAGGAUGCCUAUGUUGCUGCAUAUAAGGAGAUGAUUACCCCACUGCCUGGCCAAGAUGAAUGGAUUGAAACUGACCAACGUACCCCUGUUGCUUCAAUUGUGUACAAGCCUCCAGGCAGACCACCAAUGAAAAGAAAGAAAGAUACAGAUGAGCUAAACAACCCAUACAAAGUUUCUAGGUCAAAUAGACCUAUAAAAUGUGGGUUUUGCCAUAAAGAGGGGCAUAAUUCAAAGAGGUGUAAGGGACAAGAGGGACAUGGAACAAGCACUGACCAACUAAGUCAUGGUGCAACUUCUAUACCUCAGCCAACAAAUCAGCCACCUAGGCAACCACCAAGGAGGUUUGCAAGGCAGCCAUCCUAG